AUGGGCCCUCCUCCGAUUGUCCUCGACGGCGGCACCGGCUUCCUCAAGGUCGGCUACGCGGCGCAAAACUUCCCCGAGCACCAGUUCCCGUCCAUCGUCGGGCGCCCGAUCCUGCGGUCCGAGGAGCGCUUCUCGGGCGGCGGCGAGGAUGUGGUGAUCAAGGACAUCAUGUGUGGCGACGAGGCGGCGGCGGCGCGCACCAUGCUCCAGAUCAGCUACCCGAUGGAGAACGGCAUCGUCAAGAAGUGGGACGACAUGCAGCACCUCUGGGACUACACCUUCUUCGACAAGCUCAAGGUGGACACGCAGGGCCAGAAGAUCCUGCUGACGGAGCCGCCCAUGAACCCGCUCAAGAACCGCGAGCAGAUGUGCGAGGUCAUGUUUGACCGGUACGGCUUCGGGGGCGUGUACGUGGCCAUCCAGGCGGUGCUGGCCCUCUAUGCACAGGGCCUCAGCUCGGGCGUCGUCGUCGACUCGGGCGACGGUGUGACGCACAUUGUGCCCGUGUACGAGUCGGUCGUGCUCAACCACCUGACCAAGCGGCUCGACGUGGCCGGCCGCGACGUGACGCGCAACCUCAUCAAGCUGCUGCUGCGCCGCGGCUACGCGCUCAACCGCACGGCCGACUUCGAGACGGUGCGGCAGAUCAAGGAGAAGCUGUGCUACGUGUCGUACGACCUGGAGCUGGACAAGCGGCUGAGCGAGGACACGACGACGCUGGUAGAGGACUAUACGCUGCCGGACGGGCGGGUGAUUCGCGUGGGCAGCGAGCGGUUCGAGGCGCCCGAGUGCCUGUUCCAGCCGCACCUGGUGGACAGCGAGUCACCAGGGCUGGGGGAGUUCCUCUUCAACACGAUCCAGGCGGCCGACGUGGAUAUCCGCGCGUCGCUGUUCAAGGCCAUUGUGCUGUCGGGCGGCAGCAGCAUGUACCCGGGGCUGCCGUCGCGGCUGGAGAAGGAGCUCAAGCAGCUGUGGCUGACGCGGGCGCUGCGCGGCGACCCGGAGCGGCUGAGCAAGUUCAAGGUGCGGAUAGAGGACCCGCCGAGGCGGCGGCACAUGGUGUUCCUGGGCGGCGCGGUGCUGGCCAACAUCAUGGCGGACAACGAGAGCAUGUGGGUGACCAAGGCGGAGUGGGAGGAGCAGGGCCCGCGCGUGCUGGAGAAGCUGGGGCCGCGAUAG